AAAAAGAAAAGAAAAAUUCCAAACGAUUGUAGACGUAACUGUGAGCUUUAAAAUGAGCAAAUAGCAAGCGUUAACUGUUUCUCACUGCCAUGCUAUAUAUCUACUAUAUAAAUAAGAGAGACACGUAAAAAGGAUCAACCGCGAAGAAGCGGUUCGUCCGUAAGCUAUUAGAUUUCUUCAGUCAUCGAUAAUGAAGUAGAUUUAUGUUUGAGGAUAAGUUCAAAGGAAAAAAUUCCCUCGAUGAUAUUCAAUCGUUGUCGCUCGAACGUUCAAUGAUUUUCAUAUAGAAAAUCGAUCGUAUCAAUUACAAUCAUUUUACGAUCUUUUUAACAUUUGUUAUUUGAAGUUAACAAUUGCGCAGUAGAGAGAAGAGAAUCACGAAAUCAAUUUCACCGUCGUGCUAUUUUCAUUUCAUUGCGAUAAUUCCCCGCUAUUUUUCCCCUCUUCCUCGACCAUCCUGGAGCCGUACGAAAUCGACAAUCGUAAAUCGAAACACGCGCCUACGGAGGAGAGUGAAAUCAUGAGAACAUUUAACGAUCGCCGAUCAUCGUUCUCGUUUUCAAAAGGUCGCUUCUCGUUUUUAAAUAUUUAAAAAAGAUAUCCAAAAAAUCCGCUCUUAAUUUAUUCCGAAAGAAUUCUUUCAAAUGAUUUGAGAAAAGGAAAGGUCGAAACUAGAAUAAAAAUUUGUUCAUUUUUUCACUUCCUCCGAUCGACACGCGUCGAGUAUCGACGAGUUUCUCUAUACAAUUGGCACGAUCGGUCCGAGUCGUGAUCGCAAUUUUUUAUCAUACAAAACAACAAUAACAACAACAAUAACGACGACGAAGACGAACUAACGCACGCUUUAAGGUGUCGUCGUUGGCUAUAUCGAAAGGAAGCGAAAUGACAAGUAUCGUUACCAUAAUGAAUUUCGUCUCGUUUAAAGAUAUAUAAGAGUGAAGAGCAAGGAAUGAAAAAAAAAAAAAAAAACGAUAAGAGUAAAUGGUUCAAGGGUAGUCACUUUCUCGUGACUCGUCAAAACUCCAAAUGUUAAAAAGAUGAAGGAACCCGAAAACGGAUAUCACCUAAAUACCGAUUGCCGUCCGCGAUCUUCAACUUCUCAGAGAAAGCAAAACCCGUUUACUUACAUGAUCCAGUUCAAUGGACGUUCGAACGUAUCGACGAAUUUUAAAAUAAGAAAGAAUAAAAAUAUUUUAAAGGUAAAUUAUUUUAACUUUAGAAAUUAUAAAUUUUCAAUGAUGCGAUCUAAACAAGAAUCACAAGAACAAUCAUCAAAGAUGCGUAGGCAAAAGAAUUGUAUGAAAAAGAAAUUUCACGCAAAUCGAAUAACUAACUUUCUCCUUCUCUGAAGGGAGGAAGGAAGAAACUUGGAUGAAUCGGAAUAUAUGAUUUUGUAAUAGGUGAAGUUUACAGAGAUAGAGAGUAUUACCCUUUCCCAUGGAGAAAUCACGUGUUUAAACUAAACGUUGCAGUAGAAGAGCGGGAAAACGCAUCUAAACGUAUGGCUAGUUUCUCGCAUAACCAUGACAUUUGAAAGUUAAAGAUUCUUUAAAGAACCGGUUAGGCACUGUUCAAUCUCGAGUCGAGAUUCUCAUUAUAUAGAGCCCUUCCUCUUACAUAAUAUCAUUUCUUUAGAUCGAUAUAAUCGAUCGCUUGAAUAGACAAUACGCAUACUCAUAAAAUCCAUCGAUCGUACAUGUAUGAGAUGAGUCGAAUGAAAAUUUCAAGAAAAGUGUUGGAAAAAGGAAAAAAAAAAGCAAAUAAAGAAAGAAAAACGAUCGUUUCCUCGUUAACGCGGAAAGGAAAAGAAAAGAGAAAAAAGAUGUCGAGAUAAAACCAUUUAUAGGAUAAUACAAAAGAAAUGGACAAUUUCGAUCGCGUUACGAUCGAGAAAUCGUACUCGAGAAAACCGAUACAUUGAGAGAGCUCUCUCGUUAAAAAGUUUCACAAAACUCUUGGGGAAAAAUACUUGCCUUGUCUUUCGAGCGUUAAAGAAUACGAUAUGAUAAAAGAAGGAAGUAAUGGAAGUGAAAGAAGAAAAGAUGGUAAAUUUAUAAUAAAUACGAAGGAGUCGCAAUAAGGGAAAGGUAAAAUUACUUUCACGAUGAUAAUAAUAAGCGAUACACGCGAUGUAAUAUGCGCGUGAGUUAAUUUUUCAAAGUUUAUCUUGCACGGAUUCAUCGAUCCGUACCAAUGUGUUUGCCACAAAUUCUAAUUAUAAUCUUUCCUUUUACUACCCACGCGAUUUCAACGGUAGAAGCGACGAUCUUUCAAUGCGAUUUCCACUGUCUGCUGCAUCUGCACUUCUCUAAGAAAAUGGUAAUAACGCUAUUUACAAUCUAAGCUCUAUCGUUUUGCGUCUCUCACAGACGCACACACUUACACGUACAUAUGUACAGGCACUUUUUCUUUCUCCAUUUACUUCUUAAUCUCUCUCUCUCCCUCUCUCUCUCUCUCUCUCUCUCUCUCUUUGUCUGUCAUAGAAAGGUACACGAACCGAGUAGAAAGUCGACGACGGGGAUAAAACCCUCGUUCGCCUAAAACGAUUCCUCGACAUUGUUUCGUCGACACAGUAUCGACGUUCCAAGAACAGUCACUCUCUUUAUUAUUCCGACAGGUGAAAAUCGUGAUUAGAAGUCUAAUCACCGAGCGGCCGCGACAUUGUAAAAUCGCUACGUAAAAAAGAAAUAAUUCAUUGAAAUGAAUAUCAAUUGAAUAUCAAUUAUCUAGGAUGAAAUUAUUCAUAUUCUUGAGAGGAUAGAUAAAUCGAUCUUGGAUUUCGAUUGUACGUCUUCGCGGACUCGAUCUAAUCCGAUCGUCGAUUAAGUCUCAUAUAUUAGGUAGAAUCAAAUCGGCUUAUCCCGACUAGAAAAUACAAGGACCUAUCGUUCGAUAAUAGUGGCCUUUCGAUGCGAUUGAAAACAUCUCUUAGGAAGGAUUCAAUCGUGCAAGAAAUAACGGUACGACGCGAUCGAAGUCAGUGAAAUCUGUCCUAAUUCUUUCAUGCGGCCAUUUCGCUUUUUUCCUUCCUUCCGACUUAUCUAACAACUCGCUCAUUGUUAUCUCUCAUUUGACUUUAUUCUUGAAUUUCUACGAGCAAAGAAAGAUCUACUAUUAUUUUCUAUAUGUACUUAACAAUGGGUAACUUUUAUAGAAUGCUUUAAUCGUUUCAUUCGUUUGCUCCAAUCAAAAGGGGAGGACGAAUAGAGACACAAAUUUUUCUUUCCAACGGGAAAAUUAAAAACAAAUAAAAAAAGAAAAGAAGAAAAAGCUCCGUUCGAUUAAAUCGAACUCGAAAUUUGAGUUGAGUUUCAUUCGAUUGGCUUUCCUCUUUGCUCCGAUACCUUUCUCUCUCUCUCUCUCUUUCUUUCUUUUUUUUUCUUUCCUUUUUUUCUUCUCUCUAAGCAAAUCUUUCGGGCGAACCGUUACGAAUCCAAACCACAAUUCGUAGACAAAACAUCGUCUUCGAAACGAGAUUGCGAAUAAGCCAUAGUAAUCUUGGGUGGGAGACAAAACGCUCUCUCUCUCUCUCUCUCUCUCUCUCUCUCUCUCUCUCUCUCUUUCUUUCCCUCUUUGAGCUCAGCUGAUCAUUAAACCACCGUUGGUCAGUCAAACUUUCACGCUCCGCGAUAUUCGAACGUCUUCGGCUGGUCGCUCGUUCGCUCGGGCUAAUUUCUCGAGCCACAUUCGUUCGUGAAAUCGAUGCAAACAGGACUUCACGAAAUAGGGACGUACAAAAAUUUCCACGAAAGAACGAGUUGAAACGUGAAUCACAUUCUAAAGUAUAAAAAAGUGUUAGAACGAAUUCAGAGAGAGAGAGAGAGAGAGAAAGAUUAAUGACAAGAACCGAAAAAUUUUGCACAAAAUUUCUCGUUGUGGAGGAAAUAAGUGACAAAAAAUUUCUAAAAAAAGCAUGAAAAGAGAUUAUCAGGCAAAAACCUAUGUUCUCUCGAGUCAUCGUAUUGUCACGGUGAACAAGAAGAAUCGUAUCUGCACUUGAGAUGAGAAGCGUUAUUAGUGAAAGUCAGCGUGAGUAAAGAAUACGGGACAUCGUCGAGCUUCGUAGCUUAACGUUCGCCGAUCAGAGAGAAAGAAGAGAACGAGAAAGGCAUAAAAUUUUUAUGUUUAUUCCGAUGAUCAAUCGAUCGAGAGCCUAUCGAUAAAAAAAAUUUCUCUCUCUCUCUCUCUCUCUCUCUCUCUCUCUCUCUUUCUAUUUCUUUAUCUCUCUUGCGAAGAAGCAAUAACGAGAUGAAGGAAAAAACAAAGUCCGGAUAUCGAAUGUGAAUGAACGAAGAACACGGUAAGUUUCUAUACGAUCUCUUUGAACUCGGACAGAAGAAUCUUAUUUCGCUUGACCGAUCUCUCGUUCGGUGAAAGGAAGGAAGGAAGGAAGGAAGGAAGGAAGAGGCUGAACGAAAAAGGAAAGAAGAAAAAAAAACAAAGAGAAAGAGAAAAAAAGAAGAAACAGUUUCUUCCUCUAUGCUAUAUCGUUGACAUUGACAUUUAAAUAUCCUCUAGCUCUCGAUGUCUUAUAUUUGUCUAUACGAAAAAUAUCAGAGAUGGAAACGUCGCGAACAAAGAGCAAGGCUAGAUGAAAGAAGAAAAUAACAUUAGUUCCGGCAUCGAUUCCUUUUAUCGGUAUAUCCUUUUACCGAUUCACCUUCAAUGGUUUUCACAAGCAAAUAUUAGAAUAACAAGAGCAGGUCUUUAAGAUCGUUUUAGAGACGGUUCUAGAGCAUACUAUGUCGAAUAUCUCGAAUAAGAAGAAGACGAGUUAGAAGAUCCAACGGGAGUUUCUCUUGCGAGAUGAAGGUAGAAUCGACUCGAGAGUAAAACAUAAACGAUCCUAUUUUUUGGUUACGAAAUUUUCUAGUGUUCUCAAAGUGACAACGAUUGACGGUACGUUGGCGUACGUCGAAGACGAUGUAGAUAUAAUUUAAAAAAAAUACGCACGUGAUAAGUCAAAAAAAAUCAAAGAUGAGAACGAUCCUUACGAUUUUAACGCUAUUUUGCGUUAUUCGAUUCGCCAAGAGUUACAACGUUUUACUAGCUACAAUGGGUGGUACAAAAUCGCAUACGAUACCGUUCGUUGCUCUUGGUAACGCUUUAAAAUCGCGAGGUCACAAUGUGACCUUAGCAAGCGCGUUCUCGGGUAUAGGAAUUAACAAUGGUCUUAAUGAAUUAGUCCCAACGAUUCUCGAAUCUUACGUAUACAAUUAUACCUCGGAGUGGGACUUGGUAGGUGCCAGAUUCCGCGAUGAACUACCACUUUCGCCGUGGAACGCAAUGAGAUACGGUUGGGAAGCGUGCGAGGCUUUGUUACAGGACGACGUCUCGGUCACUGCUCUCAGAAAACCGGAUGGAAGUCAGUGUGAACGAUGGAACGUUGCUGUGGUCGACGGUGCUUAUCCGGAAUGUCUCCUGGCUAUCUUACACGAGGAAAACGUACCUACGAUCAUGUUAAAUACGGUUGCUCUGUACAGUGGUUCAAUGACCCGCCAAGGAAAUCCGUCUCCUUGGUCGGUGACACCAUAUUUUGGGAAAGCCUUAACGCAAGACAUGAAUUUUCUACAAAGAGUAAUCAAUGCCGCAUGCCUGAUCACUUUAGAAAUCAUGUAUUGGAUCAUGAUUACUGUUUAUCUACAGCCCACGCUUCGAAAGUACUUAGGAGAGCAAAUACCCGAUGUAAGAUAUCUGACCUCGGAAAUACCGUUGACUCUACAAAAUAGCCAUUACAGCGUAGCCGAUUCCAUGCCGUAUUUGGCGAACGUGGUAAAUGUGGCGUGUCUGCAUUGCAGACCAGCAAUGCAACUCAGUCCGGAUUUAGAUUUGUUUUUACGCCGAGGUUUCAUCUUCGUCUCGAUGGGUUCAUCCGUGAGAGCUUCCGGAAUGCCUACAGCCUUGCGUGAAAUUUUUGUAGCGGUCUUCGCUACGUUACCUUACAACGUCGUAUGGAAAUGGGAAGGAGGAAAAAUAAAAGAUCUUCCGGUGAACGUAAAAACGGCAGGUUGGUGGCCUCAACAAGAACUUCUUGGACAUUCGAAACUUCGAGCUUUCGUUUCGCACGGUGGUCUUUUGUCUUUGCACGAAGCAGCUUUUCACGGCUCACCCACUUUGGUACUACCUGUUUUCUGUGAUCACGAUGGAAACGCGGCUCAAGCCGGUAAGCUUAAUUUAAAAUAAACAUCGAAACAACUUGUGAAAUUAAUUAAUUGUCUUCCCAACUUUAUCCGAUUUUUCGACGAGCGAUACAUUUUCUUGAAUGAAAUAUGAAUAAUUGAAAAAAUUAUUCCAAUGCAUUCUCUGCUAUCUACUCUAUGGUCCGAGUUGCGUUGAACGCACUACUAAGCGCGAAUUGAAAGCAGAGUUUCGUCAGAGAUUACGUCAAGUAGGACGAGCGAUAUAUAAAGAGAAAGAGAAGGAGAGAGAGAGAGA